GACCGUGAUGUUCAGGAGUGACUACUCUGGGGUUGGGCGUGGCUUUAAAGCCCAUUUCAGUUCCUCCCUCAACCAAAACACAGCCCGUGUGGAUUGCUCCUCUGACUCGAUGAACAUUGCCAUACGUAAAUCCUACCUGGACUCACUGGGCUUCAGCUGGUAUGACCUUUAUCUGGAUGACCAUCGCUGCAGAGCUUCAACUGACAACUACUAUGUCACCUUCAACUUCCGUCUCCAUAGCUGCAGCACCGGGAGAAAGACCGAGAAUGGACGUAUUAUCUACACCAAUAAUGUGCGAGCAGCUCAGCCAACGUCGGGUGAGAUCACCCGAAAUAAUACAGAGUUCCCGUUGGUUGUGAGAUGUGUGAUGGCGCGUGAUUCUUCAGUCGGGAUUCUUUAUGAAGCCAAAGAGAUUACAAAUGCAACUAUCAGUGGAACGGGUCGGUUCAACACCACCAUGGCCUUUUACCCAUCCAGCAGCUUUUACUACCCCAUCACCGAUUCCCCAUACCGAGUGAACCUCAAUCAGCAACUGUACGUGCAGGUGCAGCUAACCCCAGCCGAACCAAGCCUCCACCUGUUCAUGGACUCCUGUGUGGCCUCGCCAAACCACGACUUCAGCAGCCGCACCUAUGACCUUAUACGCAAUGGCUGUCGGAGAGACAACACGGUAAACAUAUACAGAAAUGGAAAUCGUUACUUCGCUCAGUUCAGCUUCAGCGCAUUCAAGUUCCUGCGCACACACAACCAGGUGUUCCUCAAGUGUGAUGUCAUAAUCUGCCCUGACAAUGACUACAACUCACGAUGUCGCCAAGGAUGCAGUUAUCGCAGGAAACGAAGCACUAGCUCUGAUCACCACACUGAGGUCCUCAUCCUUGGGCCAAUCACACUCAAAGGUCCAGAGGAGGCUGAGGCCAAGACGGAGGACAAGGAGUGAACUCACACUGACUGAUUAAUUAAUCACUUAAAUAUAGUUAACACUGAAUAAAUUUGCUAAUAGAUUGUUGAGCAAUCUCUCUUUCUUAAAUACUCACCUGUUGAUUUUUGGGGGGAGAUUUAAACUGUGUUUUUGACCCAAAUUUAGAACCGUCUAAUCCCCGUAAUCUGAAUCAAUCUGCUAUGUCUAAAACAUUUUCCGAUUUUAUGUGUCAGAACGGUUUUGUUGAUCCCUGGAGAUUCCGUAACCCCUCUCUAAAAAAGUUUUCUUUCUUCUCCCAGG